CUUCCUCUCUCUCUGACACACACCAUGAAGUUACUUUAGAGAGCUCGUGCUCUCCCUCGCUGUCAGACAAACACCCGCACUCUACCUCUCUCUCUCCUCCUCUCACACGCGCUCUUGUGUGAGCUUCAGUCUCUCUCCGCUGCUCAGUUCAUCAUGUUGGCUGGAGAAUGCUGCGUGCAGCAGCGCUCUCUCUCCUGCCCUGGCACGGGACACGUCUAUCCCACCCGCCGCAGCUGAGCACUCUUACGGAAGAGGACGAGCCGGAACGGCAGCAGGAGGAAGAAGAGGAAGACGAAGGCUCGGGGGGAAGCACCGGCGUCCAGUUGGACCCCAUGUUCCGGACGCAGAGAGCUUACCUGCUGGAGGGUCAAGAAGACAUGGUGGCAUCAUCCAGGGGGCUAAAGUCUCCAGAUUGGGUGUAUGAGUCCUACUACCGUAUGAGCCAACAGCAUCCUCUCAUCGUGUUCCUGUUGCUCAUUGUCAUGGGAGCAUGUGUGGCUCUACUCGCGGUGUUUUUUGCCUCUGGACUGGACAUGGAGGAACACAUGGCCUUUAUCAUCACUGUGCCCACAACGCUUGCCAUUUUCCUCACCAUCUUCAUCCUCGUCUGCAUCGAGUCAGUCUUCAAAAAGCUUCUUCGUCUCUUCUCCCUACUUAUCUGGGGCUGUCUGGUUGCUAUGGGUUACCUCUUCAUGUUCUUUGGUGGGAUCAUCUGUCCAUGGGACCAGGUGUCAUUUUUCCUGUUCAUUGUAUUUGUGGUCUACACCAUGCUGCCGUUCUCCAUGAUGGAAGCCUUCAUUGCAAGUGUCCUCACUUCAUCCUCCCACACACUAGUGCUUAGCAUCUGCCUCUCAAACUCUGCCAACCACAUGGAGUCCCUCGUCUGGCAGAUCGUGGCCAAUAUCAUCAUCUUUAUUUGUGGGAAUGUGGCAGGAGCCUAUCAUAAACACCUGAUGGACCUGGCCCUUAAACAGACCUACCACGACACCUGCAACUGCAUCAAGUCUCCCAUCAAACUGGAAUUUGAGAAGCAUCAGCAGGAACGCCUUUUGCUGUCCCUGCUGCCCGCCCACAUUGCAAGGGUAAUGAAGGCAGAGAUCAUUCAGAGACUAAAGGGACCAAACUUCGGCCAGGCAGAAAACACCAACAACUUCCACAACCUCUAUGUACAGAGACACACCAAUGUAAGCAUUCUGUAUGCAGACAUAGUUGGGUUCACCCGUCUAGCCAGUGACUGCUCACCUGGUGAACUGGUCUACAUGCUCAAUGAACUCUUUGGCAAAUUCGACCAGAUAGCCAAGGAUAAUGAUUGCAUGAGGAUCAAGAUCUUGGGUGACUGCUAUUACUGUGUAUCAGGGCUGCCCGACCCACUCACUGACCACGCCAAGAACUGUGUGAAGAUGGGGCUGGACAUGUGUGAGGCCAUCAAGAAGGUGAGGGAUGCCACCGGGGUCGACAUUAACAUGCGAGUCGGUGUGCACUCUGGGAAUGUUCUCUGUGGUGUUAUUGGCCUCCAGAAAUGGCAAUAUGAUGUUUGGUCACAUGACGUCACCCUAGCCAAUCACAUGGAGGCAGGGGGUGUGCCUGGGCGGGUUCACAUUUCUUCUGUAACGCUGGAACAUUUGCAAGGGGCAUAUAAAGUGGAGCCAGGGAGCGGACAGAGUCGAGACUGCUACCUGAAGGAGCAUGGCAUUGUUACGUAUCUAGUCAUCAACCCAAAGGUAGAAAAACCCCAGCUCCCCUCCCGGCUUCGUCCCACUCUGGAUGGUGGCAAGAUGAGGGCUUCUGUCCGCAUGACGCAGUACCUGGAGUCAUGGGGAGCGGCCAAGCCAUUUGCUAACCUCCACCACCGAGACAGCAUGACCAAUGAGAAUGGCAAGAUCAACACACAUGAUGUGCCGUUGGGGCAGUAUAGCUUUCAGCAAAACUCUGAAAGAACAAAGUCGCAGAAGAAAAGAUUUGAAGAGGAGUUGAAUGAAAGAAUUAUUCGCACCAUUGAUGGCAUCAACUCACAGAAACAGUGGCUAAAAUCUGAGGACAUUCAGAGAAUAUCUCUAUUCUUUCACAACAAGACCCUGGAAAAAGAGUACAGAGCCACAACUCUGCCGGCCUUCAAGUACUACGUCACCUGUGCUUGUCUCAUUUUCUUCUGCAUUUUCAUAGUGCAGGUUUUAGUCUUGCCAAACACCACCGUCCUUGGAGUAUCAUUUGGAAUGGCCUUUCUGCUGCUAGCCUUGAUCCUCUGUGUUUGUUUUGCUGGUCACAUAAUGCAAUGGGGCAAAGCAGCUUCCUGCACUAUGCCGUGGCUCCCCGGCUCCUCUAAAGUCAUCACCAACAAGCCCUGGAUACGACUUGCACUUACCAUGGCAACCACUGCACUUGUACUGGUCAUGGCUGUGUUCAACAUGUUCUUCUUAGGCAAUGAGAAGCUGGGAACAACAACCCCACUGAACAUUUCCAACAGCAGCAUGAAUGGUCCAUAUGGUCAAACCACACACUCUCCAAACAAGUUCUGCUUGCCAUACUUCAUCUACAGCUGCAUUCUGGGAUUGAUCUCAUGCUCUGUGUUCCUGAGGAUAAACUAUGAGCUGAAGAUGAUCAUCAUGCUUGCUGCAGUUGUGGGUUAUAAUAUCAUCAUUCUCCAGACCCAUGCCUCCAUACUGGAUGAUUACAGCACAUUCCUCUACAGAACACAGCAGCUGGACCGGCCAGGUGUUCUUAAAGAUUUGAAGACCAUGGGCUCUGUGUCAUUGUUCAUUUUCUUCAUCACGUUGCUUGUGCUGGCGAGGCAGAAUGAAUAUUACUGUAGGUUAGACUUCCUCUGGAGGAACAAGUUUAAGAAGGAGUGCGAGGAGAUUGAGACCAUGGAGAACCUCAACCGGGUGCUUCUGGAGAACGUUUUACCUGCCCAUGUGGCUGAACAUUUCCUGGCUCGUAACUGGAAGAAUGAGGACCUUUACCAUCAGUCAUACGAUCUGGUGUGUGUUAUGUUCGCCUCCAUCCCAGACUUCAAGGAAUUUUAUACCGAAUCAGAUGUUAAUAAAGAGGGGUUGGAGUGUCUCAGACUCCUCAAUGAGAUUAUUGCAGAUUUUGAUGAGUUGCUGUCAAAACCCAAAUUCAGCGGAGUGGAGAAGAUCAAAACUAUCGGCAGCACAUACAUGGCUGCCACAGGGCUGAAUCUCACCCCAGGUCCAGAGUACACACAGGACCAUGAUCGGCAGUAUAUGCACAUUGGAACAAUGUUGGAAUUUGCAUUUGCUUUGGUUGGGAAGCUUGAUGUCAUCAACAAACAUUCCUUUAAUGACUUCAAGCUGCGAGUGGGAAUAAACCAUGGUCCAGUAAUUGCAGGCGUAAUCGGAGCACAGAAACCGCAAUAUGACAUCUGGGGGAACACUGUAAAUGUGGCCAGUAGAAUGGAGAGCACUGGGGUGCUUGGGAAAAUACAGGUCACUGAUGAGUCGAGUCGGAUCUUACAGAUGUUGGGGUACAUAUGUUCCUGUCGGGGGAUCAUCAACGUAAAGGGCAAAGGAGAUCUUAAAACCUUCUUUGUUCACACUGAGCUGACCAGAUCCUUAUCACAGGGGAAUGUAAUGCCUUGAAUCUCAGUGUCAAAAAGACAUACAUCAAGUCAAAUAAUCGUUGACAAGAUAACAAUUAAAUACAUGUACAGUUCAAUAUAUAUAUAUAUAUAUAUAGUAUAACGGCCUAACAUUGGCCUCAUAUACAGUAAUGAAGCUCUACAGCAUUCUGUUUGCACCACAUAAAUCAGAUUAUUUGCAUUGCUUUAUAAGUAAUGGAUGGCUCGAGCCUGUGUGUAACCAGACUUGUAACUGUGUGUUGCCCAAUUCAUAAUUUAAAAUGGCUAAAGUUUUGUAAAAUAAAGAACAAUUACCAA